CUGAUUUCAGCUCUGUAUACAGGUUUAUUUUUUACUGUCAUUGUUUCUUCAUCUUCUUUUUCUUCUUUUUUUUUUCCCUGAGCUCAUGUUAAUUGCCUGCUCAACUGAGUUACCCAAGAAAAGCUGAGAUGGUAAAGUUAUAUCCAGGCUCUCUGUGACCUGCUUGCAAUGAAGACACAUAUCAGUUCAAUAAAGCUCAGACAGAAUGACAGUGACAGCUGCCUCAUGGCAUUCAGGAUGAAGUGAGCAGAUCUAUUUAGCAGUUUCAGGACCAAGUGUUUCAUUACAGCCUGGCUGCUCUAAGAGAAACAACCUCAACCCAGCAUAAAGUGUUCCACUUCAUCAUUUACCAGAAGGCCCGUGUUGACCAUUCAAGAGUAUCUCUACCUUGAGGGUCUUCUAAUCUUUGAUUUUUUUCCCCCAAAUUUUCCUGGAGCUGAACUAUCAAGUCAACCCGUGGGUUCCCCAGAAUUCCAAUUUGUAGCUGCUUUGGGGCUGAAAGUGGAAGGAGAAACUCUUCACUCAGAAGAGUUUGUUAUACUGUCCAACCUAGCCAAGAAAGUACCAUGGGGGCCAAGCAGUCCAGUGAUGUCUCCAAGAAUAAGGACCCCAAGGGAAUAUUGCUGUUGAAGAAGAGGCAGAAGUUUUCACAAUGGGAUGAUGUCCUUCUGGGAAAGGACCCGAGGUCAUUGCUGAAGAGGGGCAUGAGACAUAUCAGCUUCAGUUUGGUCACUAAGGGAAUGACUGACAUUCCCGACUUUUUGUGGGGGUUGUCUGAGAUCCAAAAGCUCAACUUGUCCCAUAACCAACUCAUUGUGGUCCCGGCAGAAGUGGGAAGACUGACAAGAAUCGUGGUGCUGAAUCUGUGUGGGAAUCGCAUAAAGAGCCUGCCCAAGGAAAUCGGGCUUCUCAGGAGCAUGAAGGUUCUGUUUGUGAACAUGAACUGCCUGACAGAGAUGCCGCCCGAGCUGAGCCUCUGUAAGAGCCUGGAAGUUUUGAGUUUGUCCCAUAACUACAUCUCCCAGCUCCCCUCCACUUACUCAGAACUAUCUGGCUUGAGGAAAUUAAAUCUGAGCAACAACUGCUUUGCUCACAUCCCCAUCUUCGUGUUCUCGCUGAAAGGGUUAGAUUUCCUUCACGUGGGCUCCAACCGGCUGGAAAAUAUUGCCGAGAGCAUCCAGAGCAUGGUGAGCUUACAGAUCUUUAUCGCAGAAAACAAUAACAUCCACUCCUUUCCAAGGUCUCUCUGCUUAGUCACAACACUUGAGCUGCUGAACUUGAACAAUAAUGAUAUUCAAACGCUACCUGAUGAACUCUACUUGCUCAGUCGAUUGGACAGGAUUGCCUGGAAUCCCAUGGACAAAGGACUGCAUAUUUCUCAUAAUCCUCUCUCCAAACCUCUGCCAGACUUGGUGGAGGGGGGUCUGGACCAGCUCUUCAGCUACCUGAAAGACAAAAAACACAGCUAAACUGUCCACUUGAAAUGUGACUGUUGGUUCUCUCAUCCACGCUCAGUCCCACUGGUGCACUUUUCUUGGUCUGAGAUUUCGACUUCAUUGCUUCUCAAUGUUUUUAAAUGCUUUUAUUUCAGACUUGCUGAAUAAUCAUCGAAUGAGAGGACAAAGAGCAACCUCCUCCAAGAGGUAUUUCCUGACUCCUCAAUGGUUAGUGACCUUCCUCAAAUUACUUUGAAUGUAUCUGCUAUGUAUUUUGCAUUUAUUUGUGUGUAUGCAGUAUAGUUCUCUUAUUCAUCCCAUUUCUUAAUAGAAUGUAAACUCCCUGAAGGCAGAGACUAUGCUACUUUUUUUUUUAAUAUCCCUAGUGCCUUGCAUAGUACCUGAUGUAUAAUAGGUAUUAAAUCAUUGUUUAUUGAAUGGAACUGAAUAAUUCAACCAGAGAAUAAAUAUUCCCUAUCUAAUUGAGAGUAGCUGUAUUUACCACCUGCCUUUCACAGAUGAGUGUUUAAAAAAACCAAUGGAUGAUAUUUGUAAAGCAUUCUGGUAUCUUCAAGCAGAAGGCACUGUAAAAAAUGUGAUAUACUUUUAUUAUGGAAAAAAACAGCUGUCAGUUGAUCAAGGACACUGGAAUAAGCAGCUCCAGUGUUCUUAUCAGAGAGGCCAAUGGAGUUUAAAACUUAGCUGGCAGUCGGGAACACCUAAGACAUUAACAUUUUAUCUUCUAAGAGAUAAAUGCCUAGAAGAGAAAACGGUUAAUCAGGAAAGAAUAGUGUCUUUGAAUCAACAAAGGACCAGUUAUACUAGAUGACUGUCUAUUUGUCAAUAACUGGACCAUGUUAAUAUUAGGACUUGUGCCAGUAUUUACCUGUUUUACUUCUAGCUCUCUCUCUUAUUGCUUCAGGUGAUGGCAGAUCCCUUCAGAAUCUUCACACAGGCAUUUGUGAAAUGUUUUAUAGAAGAAUUUUAUCUGAGCAAUAAAAUAAGAACAAAAAUGUUUCUAACUUUCAGAAUGUAGAAACAGCAUCCCAGCUGCUUCAAACUCUGAAAACACCACCCUUUUCACAAAUUACCAGGGUGGUUGUGAAGAAUUUAUUUGGGUAUUCUGAGUUUAAAUCAUAGGAUCUUAAACUUCAUGCUUAAAGUAUCUUAAAAAUCUUUUUUGAGAAUAAUUUGGUAAAAUAAAUAAAAUAUGAUAGAACAUAGAUAAUGUUAAUAUGUGGUUUUAAAAAUUAAUCCUUAUGUAUGGUUUAGUGGUCUCCAUUUCUAUUUGAAUUUGAUAUCAUUGAUCAAGUCCUAUCACUUCAUUUUUAGAUGAAGAAUAUGGGACUAAGGGAAGAGAAAUGCCUUUAUCAUGUACAUUUGUGGGCCCUCAUCUUGGGAUUCUAAGAGUUGCUGAGGGAGAAAAAUUGAACUUAUUCUUAGUUAUUUACUCCUAGUAACACAGUGCUUGCACAUGGCAAUCCAUAGUAACACUCAGAUCCUUUCCUACUGACUUGCUAAAAUAAGGUGAAGAUGUCCUUCCAACUCAUGAAUCCUAGCAAAACAGAGAUUGCAACAUUCAUCUUCAAAAACCAUGAAGAUCAUUUACUCAAUAAUAACAGCUAAUUUUUUUUCUUUUUUUAUUAUAGCUUUUUAUUUACAAGUUAUAUGCAUAGGUAAUUUUACAGCAUUGACAAUUGCCAAACUUUUUGUUCCACUUUUCCCCUCCUUCCCCCAUCCCUUCCCUCCAAUGGCAGGUUGACCAAUACAUAUUAAGUAUGUUAAAGUAUAAAUUAAAUACUAUAUAAGCAUACAUGUCCUAACAGUUAUUUUGCUGUACAAAAAGAGUUAGAGUUUGACAUAAUGUACUAUUAACAGCUAAUGUUUAAUAAGAUUUUAAGGUUUUCCAAGUGUCAGCAUAGAUAUCUCAUAGGAUUUUCCCAAUAACGUUGGUGUUCUUAUUAUUACCAUUUUAUAGAUGAUAAAGGUGAGGUUAAAAGAAGUUCAGUGACUUCCUAGGGAGUCACAUAGCUAGCUAGUAAGUGACUUAAAUAGAAUCUAAAGGCAGGUCUUCCCAACUCCAAAGUCCAACAUUCUAUUCAGGGUGUCCUGCUGCCUCUCAGACCUUGACUACAGCCAUCCUACCUGUUGCACAAAGAAUCACCUGGACUCAGGUUUUAUUUUCCAUGACCUUGCUGUAGGCAGAGGCCCAGACUGGGACACAGUCCUGUGCUUUCCCAGUUGAACAAUCACGUUUAUUUCCUCUCCUUGCUUUCCAGUUAUUUGAUCCAGGAACAGUAACUUUACUCCAGGGAAAGAACAUAACAGCAUUUCGAAGGUGACCUGAGAGCUUACACCUAUUAUCAGAAACUGCAGCAUCCAUCCAGUUUUUAGCUUGUCUUGGUACCUUUCAAAAAUAGGGCACCAUGCUUUCUUUUAUUAAUGUUUGGUAUUAAGCAACAUCAUAAAAAUAAUAGCAUGUAGCCAGAUGGGUUUUAGAUAUUGAUCCUCUGUGACUGUUCUUCAUGAAAGAGUCCUAUCGAUGGACAGUACAAAGCUGAGGCUGGUUCGUGUAUCUAGUUAUUCAAAACACAAAUGAGGAGGAGAUCUGAAAAAUAACCUUCAGAUAGAUUCUUCUGUGCUGUCAAACCGUAGAAUUCACUGACUGGCUGGGAAAUUUUUCUCACUUAUUAUCUCUAGUUACAAUUUUGCAAGCAAUCAAAUAACUCAUAGAUAUUUGAGCUAUGCUUUCUGAAGGCAUCAAAGUUGGGAGAAUGGCAGCAUUAGUUCCCCAACUGAUGUAAAGGAAGAAGCAGAGCUAAUUGGGUACUUGACAGCUGGGGGGAGGGGAAGUUAGACGCUCAAAUUCUUGGUGGGGUAUUAGAGUUUUCAUAUCACUCGGCUUCAGUGCAGAGACAUUUGGAGGAGGAAGGGAUGCUCAGAAACACCUUUUGAAGCACUCACAGCUUACAAGCUCACAAUUAGGAAGAAAUCCUGUGCUCCUAGUAAAUGAGGAAAGCUUUGAAAAGACACAUCUGUUUGGAGAAUAAUACUGCUAGAUGAAUAAAGAGGUUGUGUAUCAGAGAGAAAAGUGAAGUCAUUACGUGACUUGUUGACUUAAUAAAUGGUUAAUGGAAAAUGUACUGCAUAGCCUGGCUUUCCUUAAUAGACUUAAAAAAAAAAACUCCAGUAGUAGAAGAGGGAGUGACUGCAGCUUUGUGCACCUGUAUUUCAGAAUAAAGUCCUACUUGCUCAGAAAAGAAAUAAAAGAGGAAACACUAUAAUUACUUGUAGAGACACAUUAAACUAGUCUUUUAAAAAUUGGCAAUGGAUUAUUUCAUUUUAAAAAGUCCAUCUCACAAAAUCCAAAUCAUACGUUGAAUAUGCAUGUCAAUGUUCAUGAAUUUAAAACAGGGAAGACAAGUAAAUGAUGGCGACAUUUGUCAUCAGAAAAUGUUCACAUCAUAUCAAUAGACAGAGAUCCUGAAAGCUGGUUAACAUUCAGUAUGAUUUAACUAGUUUGCUCUCUGCAAUAUUAGCUAUGGGAAAAGGGCAGGAAAUCAAUUCACUGAGAUUCUGGAUACAAUGAUGAAUAGCAAGUGAUGCAGAAAAACAAGUUCAAAUAGCAAGAGAAAAGGCAGUAUUUGAAAGAACCAGACAAAGCUAAUGAACACUCUUUUAAAUUAUUUAAUUAUGCCAUUAGCAUUUAAAAUUAAAUUAUCCAAGGCAGCACUAUCUACUUAGUCUAUCACAAGUAAGUGCUUUAUUUCCAAACUCUCAGAAUGUUGUUUUAAAAUAGCAUAGUAAUAUUUCUAUAGUAACCCCUUGAUUGACAGUAUUACUACAAUAAUAAUAUAAUCAUGAUAUAUCUUCAGUCAAAAUAAUAAAGAUACUCAACACAUAUAAGAGAGGGCUGGAACAAUGACAUUGGAUGAUAUAAUUAAAUUUUAACAAUUCCAGGAAAGAAUAGAAUAUAUUAGGGGAGAGAGGAGAAUCUAUAGUUGUUUAAUUUACCUUUUGUAUGCAAUGUGAAAAGGUAAAGUAUCAAUAAUAAUUUUUAAGGGAACAGAUAAGACUCAUCGUGUGAAUUUAGGUACAUUAGGGAAAUUCAAAGAUUAUUGCCCAAAGUUCCCUGUGUGAAUUCUUUGGUAGUCACGAGACUUCAUUUCUAAGGAGAAAGCCUCCUAAAAUGCAACUUCAUUUCAAUUAGGGCUUCUAUUGAUUUCCCUCUCUUCCUAUCUUUCCAAUAUUUUUACAUUUUCUUCUUUCUGCAUGCUCUCCAAAUCAAAUUCACUGGCUCACUACUAUUCUUCAAACAGGACACUCCAUAUUUUCUCCACAUUUUCUCACUCUACAUUUUCCCUUUUUGUUUUCACCACGCCUGGAAUCUUCUACCCCAUCAUCAAAACUUCUUAGUUUUCCUUGCUUCCUUUAAGAAUCAACUCAAAUCCUCCUUUAUUCAGGAAUCCUUUCUUUCUAACCUUCCCCACUACCAUUACCUUCCUUCCCUUUGAUGUUAUUUUUAAUCUACUCUGUAUAUAUCUUAAUUACGUACUGUUUCUUCUAUUAAACUGUGAGUCCCUUGA